CAUCAUGUCUCGCUUCCUGGCAGUCAUAAAGCAGGUCGUCAUCUUGCUGACUAUACGCCAGCUUAGACUCAGAACCUUGGUCGUGUUCUUCUGUUGGUUCGCUGCAUCCAUGGUCUACUAUGGUAUCGCCCUCAAUGCUACAAACCUCAGCACCGAUCCAUACCUUUACAUCUUCCUGGGAGGUCUAUUGGAGGUGCCAUCGUACCUGAUCUUGUGGCCGGCACUCGUGUACAUAGGGAGGAAGAAGUCCCUGGUGGCCCUCUAUCUUAUAUGUGCCGUCUGUAUCUUUGCCGUGAUGGCAAUAAUCCUUAUAUAUCCUGGAGGAGAGCAGGUGGCCAAGGUCUUCUUCUCACAGAGCGGUAAGGUGGCGGUAACAGCGGCCUUUCAAUUAGUGUGGAUGUACACGGCAGAGCUCUUCCCUACCAAGUACCGUUCAUUAGCUGUGGGGGAAGCUAGCUUCUGCGCACGCGUCGGCAGUACUUCGUCACCGUAUAUUAACGAUAUUCUGGGAGGUUACACCGUGUGGGCACCGGCGGCGCUAUUCGGGACAGUCUCUCUUAUCUCCGCGGUGCUGUCACUCUUCCUGCCAGAGACAAGACACUGCACUCUACCGGAAUCCAACGAUUUUUUCUCCAAGAAGAAGGACAAGGAGGCAGACAGAGGAGGAAGCAAGGAAACAUCCCUGGAGGAUGUGAGUCAGGGGGUGGUCAACCUGUCAUACAACCCAGAGACGGGCCAACCGGGGACGGAGAGAUUAUAAUGAGAAUAAUGUACACCCAUCUUGUGAUAGCAAGAUGAUGACUAUCUUUAAACCUCCGUGACGGAUAACCGGAGGGGGAGAGAGCACAGGACUAUAUCCUAUAACAUUAUACUGGGCCUCAAGACCCACGGACAACAAGGACAUAAGGAUACUCUCCUCCACAACAAACUUUCAAGACUCUGGAAUUCACGGCCAAUUUUAGUAC